AUGCAUGCGCGUUCUGCUGCAGCAGGGGGCCCCCCAGGGGGCCCCCCGGGGGGCCCCCCUGGGGCCCCCCCCGGGGGGGCCCCUGGGGGCCUUCACGGGGCUGCAGCCUGGGGGGCCCCUGGGGGCCCCCAGGGGGCCUGGGGGCACCCCGAGGACCCAGAGGGUACAGGCUGGGAAGCGCUGGGGGGCCCCCCAGGGGGCCCCCAGGGGGGCCCCCAGGGGGGCGCCUGGAGCCCCUCAGAUUCUAUUAUUCUGGCUAAGAUUGACUGCGAUGAAAACCCAGAGACCCAAAAGGCUGAACAUGUGCUGGAGUACCCUAUUAUAAAACUAUACGUAGAUGGCAAGGCCCGGCAGUACACAGGGGGCCGCCGGCGGACGCAAAUCCUGGCCUGGCUGAACCACAGCCUGGGCCGAGAUGAGCUGCUGGAAAAUGUUGAGCAGCUGCAGCAAUUCAUGAGCAACAGCAAAGAAGGCAAUCAGCUUGUUGUUGCUGUCUCCCUCAGCAGCAACUCCGGCAGCAGCAGCAAACCAGGUAGCAGCAGCGGCGCAUCAGCAGCAGCAACUAUGGUAGCAGCAGCAGCACAGGUAGCAGCAGCAGCAACCCAGGUAGCAGCAGCAACUCAGUUAGCAGCAGCGGUUGAGGUAGCAGCAGCAGCUGAGGUAGCAGCAGCAACUGAGUGGGAGCCCCCCUUCAUAGUGACAGUGCCUCGGGACCCGGAAGCUGCUGCUUUUGUGAAAUAUGAAAAUUCCUUUUCUGACAAAAGCGCCCUCGAGGCUUUUGUGAGGACUUUUAGCUGCCCCCUUAUAGUCUCCUUCGAGCCAGAAACCCUCGAGCAGCUCUUCGACGACGGGCGUCCUCUGUUUGUGCUGCUGCUUGACGGAGAGCGCGCUUCUCGUUCUUUGACUCGAGAGGGCCUCGUGGAUCCUUUUGUUGCUGCCUUUCAUGAAGUUGCUGCUGAGUUCAGGCCCCAGCUCAUCUUCACUGUUUCAGGGAACAAGGAGAGCCACGAGCGGCGUCUGUUCAACUUGUUGGGAGUUGACGAGGCCCUCAGCAGUCCCGAACUUCGAAUUGUUUCUUUUCUUCCAAGUGGCAACAACAAGUACUAUCCCGCGAAGAAGUACAAGCCCCACAGGCCCCUCACCUUCAGCAGCAGCAGCAGCAACAACUAG